UCUCGCGCUCUCCAAAGCGAGCGCGCUCCCGGCCCGCGCGCUCCGGGCUCUGGCUUCUCCCGGCUCCUGUCAGUGCGGUGACUGCGCUGGGAAACAUGGCGACCGAGGGAAUGAUCCUCACUAACCACGACCACCAAAUCCGGGUUGGAGUCCUCACAGUGAGUGAUAGUUGCUUCAGAAAUCUUGCAGAAGAUCGCAGUGGAAUAAAUCUCAAAGAUCUCGUACAAGAUCCUUCUUUGUUGGGUGGGACUAUAUCAGCAUACAAGAUAGUACCAGAUGAAAUAGAAGAAAUCAAGGAAACCCUGAUAGAUUGGUGUGAUGAAAAGGAACUUAAUUUGAUAUUAACAACUGGAGGAACAGGGUUUGCACCACGAGAUGUCACUCCAGAGAAAUUCCCAACAUUCCCAUUUUGUGGGCUCCAGAAAGGGGCCACAAAAGAAGUAAUAGAACGGGAAGCACCAGGGAUGGCCCUGGCAAUGCUGAUGGGAUCACUUAAUGUUACACCUCUGGGCAUGCUCUCUAGGCCUGUAUGUGGAAUCAGAGGGAAAACUCUCAUAAUUAACUUGCCAGGUAGCAAGAAAGGAUCUCAGGAAUGCUUUCAGUUCAUACUACCAGCCCUACCUCAUGCCAUUGACCUUUUACGUGAUGCCAUUGUAAAAGUAAAGGAAGUUCAUGAUGAACUUGAAGAUUUACCUUCCCCGCCACCACCUCUUUCCCCUCCUCCCACAACUAGCCCCCAUAAACAGACAGAAGACAAAGGGGUUCAAUGUGAGGAAGAGGAAGAAGAGAAGAAAGAUAGUGGUGUUGCUUCAACAGAAGAUAGUUCUUCAUCACAUAUAACUGCAGCAGCCAUUGCGGCCAAGAAGCAUCCAUUCUACACCAGUCCUGCUGUUAUCAUGGCACACGGUGAGCAGCCCAUCCCUGGUCUCAUCAGUUAUUCCCAUGAUGCAACAGGCAGUGCAGAGGAACCGAUUCCAGACUCCAUCAUUUCUCGUGGCGUUCAGGUGCUCCCACGAGACACAGCCUCCCUCAGCACUACUCCUUCGGAAUCUCCUCGUGCUCAGGCUACAUCUCGCCUUUCUACAGCUUCCUGCCCGACACCAAAAGCAAUUCUCCAUUUCCCAUGAGAGUAUUUAAGAAGUCUACCAUUGGCAUCAUCUCCAGUCACAGCCUACAGCAUCCAUCAGGGUAUCACUUUCUCUGUGACAGCAUGUGUGCAGCAGGGCUCUCAGGUUGGAAUGCACAACUGGUUUCUGGGGGGAUGGGAUUGUGUAUGCUGUGGCCUUUGCUCCAUAGCACUCCGCUCUCAAAUGAGUUCUGGCUUCACUUGGGUUUGUUUUGUUUUCAUUAUGACACAUGAGAUUUAUUUACUUGUCAUGAAGUGUGUUUCUCCUUCUGUCAUUUGUGGCAGGGUUUCUACAUUUCUAUACUCAGUGCCCCAUCUCUGUGGACUCCAUAGGUGGUUUUAUGUUUCUCUUACUCAUGUGACAGCCUGAUUAAUGUUCAUCUCCUUAUCUCAUCUCAAUCUUCACUACGGUUCUGUUUGGAGAAGAUAUUAUUGUCACCUCAUUUUGCAGAUAAGGAAACUGAGGCUCAAAGAGGUUAAAUAUCUUGCCCAAAGUCAUAAAAGCUGCCAGAUGAGUAGCAGAAUAUUGUUUUGUCUUAAAUACAGUGCUUUUCACUUUUCAGGAUUAUUAAAAAUCAUCAACUCUCUGAAUGGCAUGCAGUAGUCUUGUGUUUUCACAGUAUAUAUUUACUUGGUUCAGGUUGAUUAUGUAGUUUUGGAUUUUGUCUUAUCAGAAGAUACAGGUGUAUCUAUACAAUACAAAACUUGAGUUUAAGGAAGUAUUAGAAAGCCAUUCCUUUCUGUAAUUUACUAUUUUUCUUGUAUUUAUUCAUUUAAUAAAUAUUUGUUGAGCACCUACUAUACUCUGCUUAAAUACAA